AAUCCCAGCAAAUCAGAAAACCAACUUCCUUCUGUCUUUCCUAUUCACCAUGAGAACUGAUACACUCGACACUGUUUGGGUUGUAGCUCUCGCAUCCAAAUGGCGAGCGUUUACAGAGGAAAACACUGCAUGGUCACUCUUGAUCAUAGUUGUCACCUGGUUAGUCAUGAUUAUAGUCUACUGGGUUCAGCCCGGUGGUCCUGCUUGGGGAAAAUAUAGGCUUAAGAGGUUCUUUAUGACUAAGCCAAUUCCGGGCCCUAGAGGGUUUCCCCUAAUUGGCAACAUAAACCUCAUGGCUAGCCCCCUGGCCCACCACCGGAUAGCAGCCGCUGCCGCGACAUGCAGAGCAAGGAGGCUCAUGGCCAUCAGUCUUGGCGACACUCGCGUAAUUGUCACGUGUAAUCCGGAUGUGGCGCGGGAGAUUCUCAACAGCUCGGUGUUUGCCGAUCGUCCAAUAAAGGAGUCCGCCUACAGCUUGAUGUUCAAUAGAGCAAUUGGAUUCGCUCCUUAUGGGGUAAACCGUUUCGUUUCCCGAAUUAUCGCCGAACACAGAGCUGAGAAUAGGGAGAAAACCCAAGAUUUUGUCGAUGUUCUGCUGUCUCUUCAAGGCGCCGACAAAUUAUCCGACGCCGACAUGAUCGCCGUCCUCUGGGAAAUGACAUUUAGGGGAACUGAUACCGUGGCGGUUACAAUCGAGUGGAUACUAGCUAGAAUGGUGCUUCAUCCUGAGGUUCAGUCAAGGGUCCAUGAUGAGCUUGAUAAAGUCGUUGGAAGAUCAAGAGCCGUUGAAGAGUCUGAUAUCACAGCGAUGGUGUACCUUCCUGCUGUGAUCAAGGAAGUUCUGAGGCUUCACCCGCCAGGCCCACUCCUCUCGUGGGCCCGCUUAGCAAUCAGCGAUACUAUCAUUGAUGGGUAUCACGUUCCCGCAGGGACCACGGCAAUGGUGAACAUGUGGGCCAUAACAAGGGACCCCGAUGUGUGGACGGACCCACUUGAAUUUAUGCCCGAUAGAUUCGUGAUUAAAGCUGGCGAGGUGGAGUUUUCUGUGCUGGGAUCGGAUCUUAGGCUGGCCCCUUUCGGAUCGGGGAGACGUGCGUGCCCCGGUAAGAAUUUGGGACUGGCAACUUUCAGCUUUUGGGUGGCGUCGCUUUUACACGAAUUUGAAUGGAUCCCAUCUGACUCGAACUCAGUUGACUUAUCAGAGGUCUUGAAGCUAUCAUGUGAGAUGGCUAAUCCCCUCAGGGUUAAGGUGCGGCCCAGGCGUGGGUUAAACCGUAGUUAUUAAUAUUAGUACUAAGAUGUAGCUUGCCUUGGAUAAACCGCAUUUUACCUUUCCGUAGUUAUUAAUAAAUCCUAGAUACUAGUGCUGUCCCCCUAUAAUUCUAGUUUGUGCUGUACUGUUCAGGUAUCGGGGUUUUGGGUUUUGAUUUUAUAUUUUGUGUUCUUUUUUUUUUUUUUUUUUUUUUUUUUGGUGAAAUAAUUUUGUGUUCUUUAGCUGCUGUGGGUAAAGGGAAACGCGUUGUAAAUAUAUGAUUCCGUUGCCCAAGCUUUAUUUAACUGCCCUAGUGUGAAAUUUUGCUUUAUCUUCAAUGAACUAAUGUUUUCUGU